UGUUGCUUCGAAGACUUGUUUUGGGAGCUUUACGGAGUCGUUUUCGAAAGGCAGGUUUCUUCAUUUGUGGUGGAACAAUAAACCUUAUGAAAGAAUUAGUUCCUAUAUUUGUGAUAUGCUGCCUGAAAAUAUCACAAACAUCCACCAACGUGAAAUAAAAAUAUAUCUGGUCUCCAAAUGUUAGACUACACGAAGUGAAAAAAUUGAUUUUGAUGGUCGGAAGAAAUAUUGAAUUAUGAUCUUCCCUUUUAAAAGCAAACGGAAUAUGGAGAACUGUGAAUGUUGGCAAUACUUAGUAAGACAUUGGCCAGUUAGUUCUCAACCACUAGCCUUAUUAGGUAUUUUUGUACUUCUCUGGACCAUUGCUGAUAUUUAUUUACCUGAAUAUGCAAAAGCUUCAUCUGUUAUAAUGCGUAUAGUUCUACUUUUUGUUGGAGCACAAAUAACUGGCAUCUUGGUGACGUUUUUGCGUCUACCUGAUAUGCUUGGUAUGCUCUUUUUCGGUGUCGUCUAUACAAAUGUUGGCUUAGCAGAUUUUAGUGGCUAUCAGAAAUUCGAAGCAAUUUUAAGAGAAUGUGCUUUGAUAAAUAUUAUGUUAUUAGCUGGUCUUGGUCUGGAUGGCAAUGCUUUCAAGAAACUAUGGUUCAUGAUAUUACGUUUGACUUUAGUGCCAACUAUUGCAGAAGUAACUGUUAUUUCAGUAAUGGCUAGACUUUUACUCGAUAUGCCAUGGUUGUGGGGUAUAUUACUAGGUCUUGUAAUAACUGCAGUCUCGCCUAAUGUUGUGAUUACGGUAAUGCUAAAGCUUAGAGAAGAACGAUUAGGUCUUAAUAAUGGAAUUCAUACGCUCAUAUAUGCCAUGACGGCUUGCAAUGAUGUAGUAUCGAUAUUCUUAUUCAGUGUUAUUGUGGCA